AUGAAUUGGAUUGCAGAGAUCCUUCGGUCGAAAAGUGUAAGGGUGAUUGUUUAUCUGGACGACUUUCUUUUGGCCUCGCAAGACCGAGCCAAAUUAACAUCUCAAAUUCCCGAGGAACUAAAUUUUCUGAGAUCCUUGGGCUGGCAAAUCAAAGCACAGAAAUGCAUUUUGGAGCCUUGCCAGGAGAUCGAAUUUCUAGACCUUGUGUGGAAUACUCACCUCAAUCUUGUACGUCUACCAAACGACAAGGUAAUUUCCAUCUCAGAGACUCUAGACAGAGUCAUAAAGGACAAGAGUUGUACUUUCCAACAACUUCAGAGCGUACUGGGAUCGCUGAACUUCGCUUGCUUUGCCAUUCAUCGGGGUCGGCUGCACUGCCGUUAUCUCCAGUUGUUUCAGAGAGAAUUCCGACAGGGCAGACAGCGAGAAAGGCGCAGUGUCCAACAUCGAGUAAUGGACGAAUUGGUUUGGUGGAAGGAAGCUCUUUCAACCACUACUCCACUACAUAAGCGCCCAGUCACCCAUUAUCUGACUACGGAUGCUGCGGACGCUGGCUGGGGAGCUCAAGUAAACAAUAUUCACACAUCAGGGUCGUGGACAGCACGCCAGAGAUCAUGGCACUCCAACAAAAAGGAACUGUACGCAGUCUACGCGUCAUUACAAGAGUUUCCCCAAGAACUUCGAAAUGCACAUAUUCUCGUUCAAUCGGACAAUCGUACCCUGGUCGCUUAUAUCAACAAAGAGGGCGGGACUCGUUCGAUAGAGCUUCUCGAUUUGACGUUUCAUGUGUUACAACUAGACGACUCGAUGAAUGUAACUUUAACAGCUGCUUAUCUCCCAGGAAGAUACAAUGGUAUAGCAGACCGUCUCUCCAGAAAGAAACCAAUACCCGAAUGGCAUCUAUUGAUAGAGACGAGGAACAAGAUUUUCAAAAAGUGGGGUACUCCGGAGAUAGAUCUGUUCGCUUCGAAGAGAUCUAUGGUAGUGGACCGUUAUGUGUCUUUGAAUCCCAAGGAUCAUCGAGCACUUUUUAUCGACGCAUUCAGCAAGACAUGGAAAUUCAAACUGGUAUGGGUCUUUCCUCCCCCGAGCUUGAUUCCGAGAGUUUUGGCACAUCUCAACAAAUGCCAAGGCAACUACGUGAUAAUUGCACCCAUGUGGAACCAAACGUUUUGGAUGUCGAAUCUAAUGAACCGGAGCAAAGAACCACCAAUGGAAAUAACAGACUUGAACAAAGUCUUGAUCGAUCUGUCAACGGGAUAA